AGAAAAAUGUAGGGGCUCUCUCGUCGUUGAGCUGAGAGUAGAGACUCUCUCUCUCGAUCAAGAGAGAAAGAGAGAGAGGGAGAGGGGUCUCUCGCUGAGAGGAGAGUAGAGUUCGCAAAGACAAAAGGAGAGGGAGAAACUGAGAAAAAUUAGAGAGGUUUCGAGAGAGGGCAAACAAAGUGAGAGUUCGAGUUUAAGAUCAAGAGAGAAAUAGAAGGAGAGAUCGAGAUAUAUGGGGUUAAACAAGAAGAGGAUUUUGCCCAUUCUGUUCUAAUUAUUGAACGCGUCAGUCAUUUGCUACUGUUUCCGGUGGGAUCUCUACCAUCAUUCGAACUAUAGUAGACUAUUGCCAACUUAAUAAUCAUAGUAUUUGCAUUGCCGUUAAAUCAGAACCUCUGCAUCAGCCUAGAUCAAUCAAAGUCUCACAGCAUCGUCAAAUUGUUUGAAGGCUACAAGAGUAUCUGACCGCCGUAGUCUGCAACUCACGUUCGCUCCUCAGAUCUCUUCGCCUACUUCCAUUUACGGUUCAAGAUGCGUGAGAUUUUGCACAUCCAAGGAGGCCAGUGCGGCAACCAAAUCGGUGCCAAGUUCUGGGAAGUUGUGUGCGCCGAACAUGGGAUCGACGCUACUGGAAGGUAUCAGGGGGACUCUGAUCUACAGCUUGAGAGGGUGAAUGUCUACUACAACGAAGCAAGCUGUGGUCGAUUCGUUCCUCGAGCGGUUCUUAUGGAUCUGGAACCAGGGACAAUGGACAGUGUUAGAUCUGGCCCUUACGGUCAGAUCUUUCGCCCUGAUAACUUCGUCUUUGGACAGUCCGGUGCCGGAAAUAACUGGGCCAAGGGGCAUUACACCGAAGGAGCCGAACUCAUCGAUUCUGUUCUUGAUGUUGUGAGAAAAGAGGCAGAGAACUGUGAUUGCCUGCAAGGAUUUCAAGUCUGUCACUCGUUGGGAGGUGGAACUGGAUCAGGAAUGGGAACACUACUCAUUUCUAAAAUCAGGGAGGAGUACCCCGACAGGAUGAUGCUUACAUUCUCCGUCUUCCCGUCCCCGAAGGUUUCUGAUACGGUCGUUGAACCUUACAACGCUACCCUCUCUGUUCACCAGCUUGUUGAGAAUGCGGAUGAAUGUAUGGUUUUGGAUAAUGAAGCUCUCUAUGACAUCUGCUUCCGGACCCUCAAGCUCACUACUCCCAGCUUUGGUGAUCUGAAUCACCUGAUUUCUGCAACCAUGAGUGGGGUCACUUGCUGCUUACGGUUCCCUGGUCAACUGAAUUCUGAUCUUCGCAAACUUGCUGUCAAUCUCAUCCCCUUCCCUCGUCUUCACUUCUUCAUGGUUGGUUUUGCUCCGCUCACAUCUCGUGGGUCACAGCAGUACCGUGCCCUUACCGUUCCUGAGCUCACGCAGCAGAUGUGGGAUGCCAAGAACAUGAUGUGUGCUGCUGAUCCACGCCAUGGCCGGUACCUCACUGCUUCUGCCAUGUUCCGAGGUAAAAUGAGCACAAAGGAAGUCGACGAACAGAUGAUCAAUGUUCAGAACAAGAAUUCAUCUUACUUCGUGGAGUGGAUCCCCAACAAUGUGAAGUCCACAGUGUGUGACAUCCCUCCAACGGGAUUGAAGAUGGCAUCCACUUUCAUUGGUAACUCCACAUCAAUUCAGGAGAUGUUCAGGAGGGUAAGCGAGCAGUUCACAGCUAUGUUCCGCAGGAAGGCUUUCUUGCAUUGGUACACCGGAGAGGGUAUGGACGAAAUGGAGUUCACAGAAGCUGAGAGCAACAUGAACGAUCUGGUGUCUGAGUAUCAACAGUAUCAGGAUGCGACAGCAGACGAGGAGGGAGAAUACGAAGACGAAGAAGAGGACCUUCAGGAAGCUUAAAAUCGAUACAGAGGAUGGUGUUGGUUGUUAUAUGAGUAGAUAUGGAUGUAGCUUCCUUCGCUUGCAUCAUUAAGUUGUUUGCCUUUAUUGCUUUGUUAAUUUUUUCUUGAAUAUUUUUGAUGUGGGGGGAUUGGUCUGCUGCUGCAAUAUCCUAUUGCUUUGUCAUAGGAGUGUACUUCUAUCGUUGUUAUUGUUUCUAAACUUUCACCGGUUUGCUUUGUUUUA